CAGUUGCACACGGAAAGCUAAGUUGAAUAAAAACUUACUGCAAGAUUCUGAGCUAGCAUUUGGAGUAAAAACAUCAGUAGAAGAUCGUCACGCGUUCGCCAUGGGUUAUGUGCAACAAAGAACGUCGUACCAGAUAUAUCUGUUGCUUUUUAUCUUAGUAUUUGUAUCUUUUAUAUUUUCGUUUAUUUACAUUCAAUACUAUCCUUUGAUUGUGCCGAUGAAAAAAGGAAGUCCAUCAUUUGUCACCAGACUAGAAGUAGAUAUUUCGCACAGAAGCAGAAGUACAACCAGCAUUGAACGUGCCACGCACUUCAUGGUAAACGGGAAGGGUUCUCAGCGCAACAUAGAUGAUCUGUCAUAUUCAGGAAAAUCAGUUCCCCUAAUGGACUUCAAAGACUUACGAGGGAGAAAAGAACGAGUGCUUUUGUUAGUUACUGUUGGCAGUGCACCACAAAGAUUCGACAGAAGGCAGGCCAUAAGAGAUACAUGGUGGAAAUAUUGCAAUCAGAAAAAGGUGAAAUGCGUCUUCUUUACAGAUGGCAUCAUAAAGAACCAAACUCUUCUUACCCUGCUACUCCAGGAAAAAAACAGCUACAAAGAUUUGGAGCUACAACCGCUUCCAGCUGGUGUUCAAUUUGGGCAGAGGUUUCUAAAUUCCAUCAAGUGGGCCACAGCCAAAUUUGACUUUAAUUAUCUUCUCAAGCUGGAUGACGACUAUUUAAUUUGUUUAAACAGACUUCUAUUCGAACUUCCUUUGCGACCGAAGCGCAAUCUCGUGUGGGGACAUUUUCAUUGUGAGGUUGAAAUGACUUGGGCUGACGAAGCAUUUGUGAUAUUCUCUGCCGACAUGAUCCGCAAAUUCUUGGCGCAAGAUAAGAACAAAAUUCUCUGUCACCCAUUUGCUGAUCAACAGUAUAGUAUUUGGAUGAAACAUAUGACUAAGCUUUAUUUCCAUGACACAAGGCUUCACCACGACCCACCAGCUUCCUUUAUUCCAGAAUUUCGAGAAAUGAGAAACCUGUGUGACUGGUAUAUUGGAAUACAUGGUACCUAUGUUGACGAGAUGAGGAAGUUUGCGAAGGUUGCAAAUGAUGGUGCAAAAGAAAUAGACACUAUCCCUAAAUUCUCAACCUUCUGCCCAUUCAAAAACUUUGAUCAUCGAAGGUUUUCACGCAAGUAUCAUUUUCAUCCUAAGCCUUGUAUACGAAAUCCUACUUGGAAGGGUUCCAAAUUUACUGGCCGUGAAGAUGAAAGCUCCCUACGUGAGAAAGAUCAACAAGACGAAUAGCCUCGAUUACCGGGGUUUUACUUUUCAAAGCUUCAAUUCUCAAGCACAGUUAAAGAAAAGAUGACAAUGUAAAAAGAAAAAAAACCCAAGUAUUUUCCAAACUGUGAACCAAUUCACAAGGGUAAAUUGAAACCCUUAUUCAUAAGAUGGUGUUAGGAAAUGAUAUUUUGAUUGAAUUCAAUUAAAUUUUUAAAAAUGUAA